ACCAGUGAUAAUAACUGAAACGAAUCGUUUUGCAUCCAAUUCCUGAAUUCCCUGUUGAAGUUUCGAUUUGACUCGAACAGCACCGACUCACUGAGAAUCCGAGAAAACUCAAGUACGGCGAAGGCAAUCGGAAGGAGGUGGAAGGGAGGAGAAUGCCACUGGGGAAAUAUUACUGCGACUAUUGCGACAAGCACAUACAGGACACGCCGACAGCUCGUAAACGACAUCUUCAAGGGAUCCAGCACCUCCGGGCUAAAGCACUCUGGUACGAUUCCCUCAAAUUUCAAGAUCCUAAUCAGGUUUAUCCCGAUGGAUUUGUCAAAGGGGUUUGCAAUCGCUUUGUCAAAACGGGUUUUUGCCAGUACGGUGAUUCUUGCAGGUAUGCUCAUCCAAGAAACUUGACCAAUGCCAACCUUCAAGGGGGAAUAAUUGAUAAUAUGCAGCCAGCAGCAUUAGCAACGGCGGUUAAUAUGGGUGGUGGAGGCUCUACACCAGGAAAUGUGGUGCAAGACAGUAUGCGAAUGGCAUGGGGCAAUUUACCGCCAUCUUUGAAGCCUCCUCCUGAGGGUGGAUAUCCAGCUCUUCCCUUCGUGGAUUGGGGAUAGAUAGAUAGAUAUUAGAUAUAUACAUGUGUACAUAGGCUGCCUCCUUUAUUCAAGCACAUGGGGGAAAGGUAUUGUGCCUCUAUUAUAGCAGAAUAUGUAAUUCUAGCAUUUCUCUUCUUCCGAACAAAGUAGGUGUCUGUUUCUCAAGGGGAGCUAAAAAAAUGAAAAUGUAAAGACAAUAAUUUAGGAUUAAGUUGAAAUCAGCUAAACCAAAACCUACCUUAAUUGGCAUGGUUGUUAUUUUGAUCUAACGCAGCACAGGUCA